AUGCUCGUACCAAGCCCAUUACGCAUGGACGACGACAUGGCCCUCUAUCACCCGCAACGCGCGACAACGCUAACAACAUCCGAAAACUCAGAGCGCUCCACGAGGAAUGGCGCAUUUUUAAAAUGGGUGGGUCGCAAGUUGCGGGAUCUCAACUCGGCGAUUUCUGGAUGCCAACCCUUAAGGAUCACCCUUACCCAGAAUCGCGGAAUAGAUUUUUGGGUUACAAUCGGGCGUUACAAGGCAUCAUAUGGCGACGCCACGGAUUGGAAGCAGCACAGCGGUGGCGAGGCGGAAGGGAAAUGCUUGGUGAUGCCGCCAUAUUUCAUUACCAACAUGGAGGAGGCCAAGCGUAACAUGAUAAAGGCUCAUCGUGACGGGGAGGUCGCUGCUUGGAACAGCUGA